CCGUUGCGAACUGACGGAAUUUCCAGAAUUAUUGCGUUGAGGGCUUCCAGACCAAAAGUGGGUUAGGUGAUAUCCUCAUCACGUCCCGUGUUUGGACGAGUUUGUCAGCUUGAAGUGCUGGCCCAUUUCCAUUCUCUCUCGGCAGAUACUCUCGCUCCGAUGCACCGCCAUCUAUUGCGUCUAGAGACUACAACCAUUCGCUCCCUGUGUGCUAACCGCUCGGGAGCACAUUAUUCAAUUGGCGCUGCUCUGACGCGAUCGUUUAGUUCGACCAUGACCUCGAAACUUCGAUUCAACGGAACGUACACUGCACUGGUGACCCCCUUCACGCCCGAUGGAUCUGCCGUCGACUACGACAGCUUAAAGAAAAUGGUCGAGUGGCAGAUCCAAGAGGGUAUCGACGGACUCGUUCCGGUGCGCUUUAGUGCUUCUCCUUGUGGUUGUCACUGAAAUAGUUCUAAAUCAAAUUUCUGUAGAUGGGAUCUACGGGUGAAAACACGCUGGUGUCGGACGAGGAGCGGCUGCAAGUGAUCAAGACCGUCAUCAAGACCGUUAAUGGUCGCGUUCCUGUGAUCGCGGGCACUGGUUCUCUGUCUACUGAUGGUGCUGUGCAGUUGGCACGUGAAGCGAAGGAACUGGGUGCAGACGCCUGUCUAGUCAUCGCUCCGCCUUACGUGUGUGCGUCUCAACGUGGUCUGUAUGAGCAUUUCCGCCGAGUGGCUAGCGUUGGUUUACCUGUUAUGAUCUACGACAAUCCGGGUCGUGCUGGUGUUUCACUGGAGCCCCAAACCAUCGCAGAGUUGGCGAAAGUGCCUGGUAUCGCGGCGUUGAAGGAUGCGACUGACUCGGUGACACAUGCUGUGGAUGUCAUGGCUUUGUGUGAUCUCCCAGUCGUCUGUGGGGCAGACAACUUGGCGUUGCCUAUGAUGGCUUGCGGUGCUGUGGGGGUCAUGAGCAUUCUUUCGAAUGUCGUGCCAUCCAGAGUGCUUGCAAUUACAAAGGCGAUGGAGAAGGGCGACAUAGCGGCGGCCAGGAAGGCUCACCAAGCCAACGUUCUCCUGGUAAACUCGUUGUUUGUGGAGCCGAAUCCGAUACCAACCAAGAAAGCGAUGGAGCUUCUAGGUCGAUGCUCGUCCACUGUGCGCUCACCAUUGACUGAAUGCACCACCGAGACUGAAAAGCUACUUCUUGAACAGCUCAAGGCCAACAAACUGCUGUGAGGAAUCUCUCCUGGAAUCUAGAACGAGGUUUGAGUAUUUCCUAAACCUUGGACAGAUUGUUGCUAGGAUUUAUGAAUGAAUACAAAAUCUUGUUGGCCUUAUGCAAUACA